GUCACGAUUGCUUUCUCUGGGCUUCUAUCCCAGCUCCUGCCUCCUUUCUCCGCCAGUCUCUCAGGGCGUGGGUAGGAAGAUGUGCCUCCAGUUAUGGAUCUUGGGUCUGCUGAUGUUGACUCUGGCUGGAGCUGUGGAAAUCCAGGUCCCCGAGGAUCCCAUAGUGGCCCUCUUUGGCCGCGAUGCCAUCUUACGCUGCUCCUUCUCUCCGGAUGCCAACUUCAGCCUGGGUGACCUCAGCCUCAUCUGGCAGCUGACGGACACGAAGCGGCUGGUGCACAGCUUUGCUGAGGGCCGGGACCAGCUGGCUAACCAAGGCAGUGGCUACACCAACCGGACCACCCUCUUCUAUGACCAGCUGCCUCGGGGCAACGUCUCCCUGCUCCUCCGCCGCGUACGGAUAUCCGACGAGGGGAGCUUUACGUGCUUUGUCCGAGUCCAGGAUUACAGCAGCGCUGCCGUGAUGCUCCAGGUGGCAGCAUUUUAUUCUAAGCCCAACCUGAACCUGGAACCCAACAAGAACCUCAAGCCGGGAGACCCGGCCACGGUGACCUGCCACACUUUUUCCGGCUACCCCGAGGCGACCGUCCUCUGGCAUGACGGCCAAGGCAACAACAUCACAGAGAACAUCACCACCUCCCAGGUGGCCAACGAGGAAGGCCUCUUUGACGUGCGGAGCGUUCUGCGGGUGGUGCUGGAGCCCAACAGCACCUACAGUUGCUUGGUGAAGAACCCCCUGCUGCGCCAAGAGACCCACGCCUCCGUCACCAUCACUGGUCAGCACCUCCUGUUUCCAGCUGUGGCCCUCUGGGUCACCGUGGGGCUGGCCAUCUGUCUCGUGGUCCUCCUGAUUGCUCUGGCAUACGUCUGUCAGAAGAAAAUCCGUCAGACCUGCAAAGAAGAGAAAGAGAAAGCCGGGAUAGAGGAGCAGGAGGAAGGCGAAGGAUCCAAAACAGCUUUGCAGCCUCUGAAGAGCAUGGAGAUCAAAGAAGACAUUGGAGAAGAAAUUGACUGACGGAAACAGUAGCAGAGGCAACAUCCCAAGGCUCGUGUUGGCAGGCUGUACCGCUCUGGGUUGUUGUUGUUGUUGUUGUCGUUUUCAGCUGCAAACUGUCAAAAACUUGGGCGUGCCUCAUACAGCUUUCCCCUGGAACCUGCAGCUUUCUAAUGUCACCCAUUGCAUUUCCCCUUCUUGUGCAUAUUGGUAAUGCUGGUCAUGGCCUGACCUGGUUGUAUCCCGUCUCAGGAUUUGCAUCAGGCAUGGAGAAACGGGGGGGACGAUCACAGCUGCCCUUUGCCUUGAUACGUUCCCUGCCUCUUCCUCCCACUUUGGGCUAGGAUACCUGAAGUUCUCAUUCACACAUUUGGGCCUGUGUUGUCAGUUUGCCACCAGUGAUUCUACCUGUUGCCCUGCUCAGAUGGCACCAGCUUCUGCCUAGACCACAAAGGAAGGGAGAGAAGCUUCCAGAAGCAUGGGGCCCGCACACCUGUGCGUGGUCCUUGGAGGGCUGCACGCUUUCCACUGCCCCUAGCCUUGAAUGUUUUGCUCUUACACUAACGUUUCUGGGCUUUUCGAAACUGGAAAAGCCCCCUUGAGCCUGCAAUUGCACCCAAAUUAUAUGCAUAUGACUUUAAUUUAAAUUUAAAUGAGUAGGGUUUCCCCAAAGGUGAUAAAGUUCUCGCCCAUGCUCCCUACAAACAUUCUCUCCCUCUGCCUCUCUGCAAAGCACAUUGGCCUCCUGGGGGAGUGCAUGUUGCCCAUCUCUGCCAUAAGAGGUAAUAAUGGAGCGUAGACCACCUUGAACGUCCCACAGUUAUUGAGGAGGGUGGUGGCUGAAGCCGCUUGAUGUUGAGUCUUCUGCCGCUGGUUGUGUGAUUGGGGCCAUGCUUUUUCUGGUGGGGUUGAGGGUUUCCUUCUUUCUGUAACCUUAAAGGGCAAGUACCCUAA